AUGGCAUCUUUAAGAAAGACUCGUGAAAUGAUUGUUAUUGCUUACGCGGAAGGGCUAUUAACGGAUGAAGAGUUUAUGUUUCUUUAUGAGACAAAUCAACCAGUUAAUUUAGAGUUGCCUUACUACGAGUAUGAGGAAUUUAACUUUGACGAAAACAUCAGUGAAGCCGAAUGUAAAGCGGAGUUUAGGUUUGAAAGAGGAGAUAUCGAACGUCUCGCUGAUGUUCUUCAAUUACCGCCCACCUUUACGAGUCCACAAGGCAGUGUUUGCGACCGAAUAGAGGGCCUUUGCAUACUUCUUCGUCGCGUCGCAUAUCCAUGUCGUUACAGUGACAUGGUCAGCAGAUUUGCAAAACCAGUUCCUGUUUUGUGUAUGGUAUCGAACAUAGUGCUCAACUAUAUCUUCGAUCUGCAUCAUCACAGAAUCACAACCUGGAAUAAUUAUAUCCUGAAUCCAUUUGCUAUCCAACAAUACUCUGAUGCUGUGUCUGACAAGGGUGCUGCCCUUAACAACUGUUUUGGGUUUGUAGACGGAACUGUCCGCCCGAUUUGCAGGCCGGGGGAACACCAACGGCUUGUUUAUAACGGGCACAAGAGGGUACAUGCUCUUAAAUUUCAGGCUGUUGCUCUUCCUAAUGGGGUUAUUGGACAUUUGUUCGGUCCUGUGGGUAAGUCUAGUUAUUCCUACAGUCUCUUUUGUUUUUGGUUUUAAGUCACCAGUUUUGGCUUAGAAAAAUUUAUCAGUUGAACAAUUGGUUUUUCAGAGGGAAAGAAUCAUGAUGCUGCCAUGUUGGCCGACUCUAAUUUUCUCACCGCUUUGGAGCACAACGCUGUAUCCCCAACUGGCCAACAGAUGUGCAUAUACGGAGACCUGGCCUAUCCUUUAAGGGUAAAUCUCAUGGCACCGUUCAGAGGGGCCGCCCUGACAGCGCAAAUGUAA